UUCGCAGAAAACGUUCAAAUUAAGCUGCUCACCAAUAAUUUUGCUCUGAACUUUCCAUUUAUAUUGAUGUUUAAUUUCGUUCAGUUCGAUUUUAUGACGUCUUGGAAUUGUAAAUUGAUUCUGAUUCCCCUAGAUUUUGGUCAUAUGAUUUUAUUUACAUCUCUUGACUUGAAUUUCUAUUGGUCAGAAUAAAGAUUGAGCAGGGAUCCAUACAGACAUGUAUCGUUUGCGGGUAAAAUAAUGCUCAAGUUUCUUGCAAUUGGAUAUUUCUUUCUGUACAGGCGUUAGGUGAAUAUCCAAUAAAAGGCAGUGUACAUUUUGCAGUUAUUGAUGUGUGUGUUACGUUGAUAAAUGUCUAUUUGAUAUGAUAAAUAUAUAUUACACAAUUAAAAACGUAGGAAAAUUCAAAUAUUUAGACAAAUAGUCAGAAAACAUUUAUAAAAUUGUUAAAUUAAUGACAAUUUCAGAAAUGGAAAUAUUUGGUGAUUCUUCAGUUAAUAAUUACUCAUUAAAAACAAUUAAUAUGACACCACCGUUGGAAGAACCAAAGCCUAAAAAUCCUAAAGCGAAAAAGAAAAGAAAAGUGAUUUUUUCUUUUGCACGAAGAAGAAGGUCUAAAAACAAAUUGAAGAAGUUGUCAAAAAAACAAAAUACAUUGGAGACUUUGUAUAAAUUCUGUAAGCCAGUUGUUGUAAGUGUUAAAAGAUUAUCAGUAUCAGAGAUAAAACAAUGGUGUGAAAAAGACUCAUCUCCCUGUCAAGUAGAAAAUGUAUCAACACAAUUGAAAAAAUCAAAAUCAAAGAAUAAUGUACAAAAAAGUAAAAAAUUCACCAGAAAAAAGAUAAAUAACGAAAGUCAUUUAAAUUCAAAAAAUGAAAUGAAAUCUCCAAAUACAUUAUUUUCUCAAGAAACAGAUAUUAGAAAUAAGAAAUUACUUAUAGAAGAUUUAUUAAGAAAUGUUAAACAACCAUACAUGAAAUUACAAAGAAUAGACAAAGUGAUUAAUAAAAUAGCACAAUCAUUUGCAAAAACAACUACAGUUACAGAAUGUGAAGCAAGUAUCCAAACAGAAUGUAAAACAAAUGUCCAAACAGAAGAAAUAAAAGAAACUAUAAACAGAAGCAUAAAAGAAAUUGAAACUCAAGCUGAAUUAAAUGUAUCUGUACCAGAGGUGCAAAAAUUACCACUAGUAAAUAUUAACAAAGAUGAGUAUCCACAAAAUCCUGAAAUUGAGAAGGUGGCAGUUAGCUUUCAUACAAAUGAAACUUUACAAUUGAAUGAAUGCACAGACUCAAAUUUUAUUUCUAAUUCUGAUACUGAAAUUGUUAAAAAUACUCAUAAGAAAUGUUUCAAAAGGAAAUGUGAAGUCAUAUGUGAUUCUAACACAGAUAAUAGUAAUGAUAAUGCAAAUAGUUCAGAAAUAAUUUUGAAUGAAGUGAAGAAAUUAAGAAUGAAUUUACCAGGAAAAAUAAACAAAAUGAAUAUAGUAAAUGAAAAACACAAUAUUAUUGAGGCAAAAUUAUCCCCAAAGUUACUUAUUUGUGGUGAAUCAUACAAAGAGAGUUUAAUCGCACAAAAAAAUGUUGAUGCUCCACUACAAAAGCUAGAUAUAUUAAAAAGAUUAGCUAGCCUAUGUGAUCCUGAAGAUGAUGAAUAUAAUAACGACAAUGAUGAUUCUGAUAAUAUAAAUAAAAAUGCUGAAAAAGAUAAUACUUCCAGUUCUAUACCUUCCACAUUAAAUUUUAAAUCUGUUGCAGAAGAUAGUGCUUCUAUGAAAGUACGCAAUGAUGACAGUAUACCAAUAGAGAAAUCAAUUCUAGAAAACAAAGAGAUUCAAGAAUCAAUGCAAGAAUUAUUUUGUUCCGAUAAAAACUUCUUACAAAGAUAUAAAAUAUUUAAAGAAUUAAAAGUCUUCUUAAUAAAAUUGGAUACUUUGAAAGAUUUUCAUACUAAACAUUCAGCUACAGAAAUCGAAAAAAUAACUAACAAAUUUAUGAAUUCUUUUGUAAAUUUGAAUUCAUCAAAAAUUCAACAUAAUAACCAAAGAUCUAUAGAUAAAAUAUCUUUUACUUUGGAUAUUUCAAAAGAUUCUAAUGUUAACUUCGAAAAAUCCAUAGUUUGUACAAUUCCUAAGAAAAUGCAAAUCAUAUCUAAGUUACCUAAGAAUUCUUCAGAAAAAUCCUCUUCAAAUUUAAUUAGAAAUAUGAAGAGAAAGGAAAGGUUAAAAAUUGGAAAAGCUUCUCAUAAUUUAAGAAAAAUUUUUGAUGAUAAGUCUAAAAACAGACAACAUGUUAUUAGUAAUUUGAACAAGAAUUCAAAUGUUCCAACUCCUACUAUUAAAUCUUCUUUACAAGAGUCCAGCAAUAAAACUUUUGAAUUAUCAAAUAUGAUAGAAAAUGUUAAUAUAAACAAAUCUAUUAAUAAAAUGUCUUCCUUAAAGAAACAGAUGCCAGAAAUUUCUUCAACUGAAAAUUCUGUGAAGUCAGUUACUGAUGCAAGAUUUCCAGAAAAAGCAGAAAUUAAUACACCUCAGAUUACUAAUUUCAAAUCACAUUUUUCAAAUCAAAGUGAAAAACUUGAGCAAACGACAUUUGUAUCCAAAACACAUAAAAAAUCUACAAAUGUUACAGCUACAAAUAUAAGUGCUUCAACUUGUUAUUCUUCCACAAUGUCUCUUAAAAAACCUAAAGAUAAGAAAGAUACUUAUAAAUGUAUUGUUUGCGAUUUUUGUUUUGAAGAUUAUUCUAAUUUACAACAACAUUUAAUUAUACAUACACAAAAACAAAAUGAUAGUUCAUUAAACACGUCCAACUCAUUAGCUGAAAAAUCUGAAGAAACAAUAUCUCAAUCUUCAGAAGCAGAGGAUCCAGAAUUGUCACAAAUGUCUGAACACAAGAACGUUGAACAGGCGUCAUUACAAUGUGAAAAUAAUAAGCAACAAAAGGAAAGAAAUACUGUACCAAGAGACUUGUUAAAUAAAAAAAAGAGAAAAAAUAAGAUUAAAUUAAAGAAUAAGAGUCAAUGUACAAGUCAUUCAAAUGAAUGUAGUAUUUGUUCAAAAAUUUUUCCAACAGUGACUGAUUUGGCAGCUCAUAUCUUUUUACAUACAGAGAAAGAAUUACAACAAGCAUAUAAACUUGCGAAACAAAAAUUGGUGGAAAGUGAAAAUACAGAAAGAGAAAAAUGUAAACAAACUAGAGCUGAACAAACUGAACAAAUUGAAGAAACUAGAAUUGAACAAAAUCUUGAAAGUGUAAAUAGGACUGUAGAUAGUGCAAUUGAAGGAAUUCACGAAAUUAGUGAUAAGGAAGAAUCAUUCCUCGCACAAAAAUCAAAUGAAUUAAUUACAAAAGAUCCAGAAAUUAGAGAUACAGAAUCUACUGCCUUGAAAAAACACGAUUCACAAAGUAUAAAAUUAGAUCUAUUGUCAAAAUCGAGUAAAGACAAAAUAAAUAAAAUAGAAAGUAAUAAAAGAGCAUUCACAGUAUGCAAAUGUCAUAAUAAAUCGGGAACUAAUAAAAAUACUUUACAAAUUGAGAUAGUUCUUCUUUGUCACACUUGCAAAGUAUUAUUUAGAAGUAUAGAAUGUUUCGAAACUCAUUAUCGUCUUCCUGAAUAUACAAACUGUAAUCAGAAUCGUUUAACUAGUAGUCGUUCUCCAAAUUUAUUCUGCGCCAAUUGUGGUAUGAUAUUUAGUUCGGUUCAAAAUGUACGUCAACAUUUAGAAGUACAUGUUCGUUUUAAACAGAACUGUAUAAUGGAUUUUCGAUGUAACAUUUGCAAAGUCAUAUUCCUUGGAAUAGGAACUCUUUUUUACAUUCAUUGGUCGAAGCAUUCAAGAAAUCCUUUCUGGAUGGCUAGUGAACAAUCGUUUCCAAAACAUUCCAUAAUAAACUCAAAACUAAAGAAAAUAGAUAAUCUUUCUACACAGAAUGCAAUGACUUUGAAUAGCUCUGUGGACCAAUAUAUACAAGUUGCAGAACACGUGUGUAAUAAUUGCAAAUUACCUUUUGUUACUCAAGAUGAUUUAAAGAAUCAUGAUCCAAGAUGUAAAGAGUUUAAGACAUUUCAAGAUACAUCUGUUGUAGAGAACUCUAAUUCACAUGUAACAAUAAGGAUAAAUUGUAGUUUAUGCAAUGAUACCUUUAUUGAUAAAAAAAGAGAAUUUUAUAAUCAUAUAAAAAAUAAACAUAAUUGUAAUGUAGAUCCUCAGUUUGUAUGUCUAUCAUUCCCACUUGCUAAAGUGGUAUACAUUUGCAAUGUUUGCAUGGCAAUGACUGAAAAUUUAGACGCUUUUGAAAAUCAUUGGUUGAAACACAAUACAACUCAUAUAAACUUUACUUGUACACAUUGUAAUAAUAUAUAUUAUAACAAUUUAAACUCUUUCAUAGAUCAUGCUGAAGAACAUAAAAGUGAUACUAAUGUAGUAUCUUGUACAGUAAAUUAUACAAAAGCAAAAUUGGUCUGUGAAUUUUGUAAUACUGGUUUCGAGUCUUCUCAAGAUAUGUAUGAACAUAUUGUUACUCAUAACACAAGUAAUCAACAAACGUACUCUAAGAUUGAUCAAAUUACAAAUCAGGAUAGCCCUGCAUCAGCAUCACAGACAAAUUGCACUUCCAGUUCUGUAAAGAACAUUGGAAAAGAGAUAGAGAAAUCUUUAGCAAUGGAAGCUCAAGUAAUGGAAAAAAUUAAUGAAAUUUCUCCAUUAGGAUUUAAUAUAGACAAAGAUAAAGAGAAACUAAUCAGAGUAUUAGAAGGAAGUGAAGAUGAUUCUGAAAAUGAAUUGAUAAUAGACUUGCCAAAUCAGUCAGAAGAAUCUAAUGAAAUAUCAACAGGAGAAGAAAAUAGGGAAAAGCAAACUACAUCUAAUCUUAUUUCAGAUAAAUCUUCUAUCAACCAAACUUGUGAAAUGUCAGAAAAUAAUAUAACUAAGACAUUAAGAACGAAUACAAAUGUCCAAGUGUCUUCACAAAAUAUUCCACUUUCAGAACCUAAUGAAAAUGUUACAGAUUCUGUUUUUACUGCCAAAAACAUAAAUCCUCAAAUUUCUUUACAAACAUCCAAUUCAAGCGCUAAAUCCACAAGUGUUUUGCAAAAUUCAGUUACGAAAGACGUAAAAAUUAUAGAAAAUAAUGAAAGUUGUGACACUAGCUGUGAAAUUUUAACUGGAAAGGAAGAAGAAUUAACAACUUUAACAAAACAGUCACCGAAGAAACAAAGUUCACCAAGACCAAAAGGAUAUUUAAGAGUGAAAACUCUUGCAGAACUUACAGGCUCUGCACAUUUCUGUAAAAUUUGUAAUUGUGCUAUUGAAAAUGCUAAUGAAUUAGCUAAACAUUUUAAGACUCACAAUACUUCAAACAAAGAUAAUAACGAUCACGAAAUUAGAGAAAAAGAAUUAACUUCAAAACCAUUAGAAACAAAUAAGUUUGGUCUUUAUCCUUUAUCAGUCCUUAAAAAAACACUUACAAAAUCUAAUACUAUAGUAACAAACAGUCAAAAACCACAGCAAUUACAAAUAAAUACAAAACAGGACAGACAUUUACCUUCUUUGCAAAACGUAACAUCAGCAUAUCAUAAAAAUUUACCACUUUGUAAUUUCGUUCGAACGACAACAGUUAUGUCACGUUCGGCUACUUCGAAAUCUGAUGGUAUACCAAUCAAAGUAACAGCAAAUACUUCAAAUAUACCGAACAGUCAUACUAACAUGCCGUAUGAACAAAGAACACGUGUAACGUCGUCUAUCAAUGGAAAUAAACAAAACCCUGCUGUUAUGACAAAUUCAAGUAAUGAUCAAUGUAACCUUUCAUUUUGUCAGAAGCAAAAUUUGGAAUAUUGGAUCCAGAGGAAAAAAUUAGAAAAAAUUGAUAACAGACCAAUAAAAUCCAAGAUGGAUCAAAAUUCUGAACUAUAUCAACAAACAAUUCAGACAAGGAUUGAACGUGCUCCUUCAUCUGCCUGUUCUCAAUAUUCUUCUUUUACUGCAGGCACUUCAAAUAACAGUAAUCAAAUGCCCAAACAAAAUCAAGCGAAAAUAGUUAAUCAACCAGAAAAUACUUCCUCUAUUUAUUAUAAAAGUCCAAGACUUGCUAAUGGUGGAAUGUCAAUAGUGAUUAAUCAGACUGCACCUAUACAGAAUAUACCCACAAUAGGAAUCCUACAGCAGCCAGCACAGCAACAAUUAUAUCAGCAUCAAGUUUACAGUGAACCAGUGAGAGUUAUGAAUGCAGAAUAUGUGCAACAAUCACAGAAUUUGGUUAACUGUUCUGAAUCAAAUGGUGUUUAUCAACUGAUAAAUAAUCAGUAUGAACUAUCAAAUAGACAACCAAAUGUUACAGCUUAUACAGUUAGAUAUGUAUGUCCUUAUUGUGUGAAAAAUUAUACUUCUGAGGACUUCAUGCAAAUACAUAUAAAUAAGGAUCAUAAUUUUGUAUGUAAUAUUUGUAAUUUGCGUUUAUACAAUUUCAACGAUUUAUAUCUCCACAAACUUAAUCAUAAUGUAAAUUCAGUGUAAAUUAAUAUGCAAAUUUUAAGAUAAGUACGAAAUUAAAAAUAUUACACGAAUUAUUAACUAAUAAAACUAUGAUAAAAAUGUAUUUAUCGUUUGAUAUUUAUAUAUAAAUAUUCAACAAAUUAAAAUUAUAUAUCUUAUAGCCAUAUAAAUAUAACGUAUAAAUUAAUUUUUUUCACCAAGCAUUAAAUGAACUAAGAUAAGUUAUUACUAUUUAUCUAUAUUAUAUUAGUAUUUUAACAAAGUAAAUAUUUCGGUAUUCUUAUCGAAACAUUUCCUUCUUUUCUUCAUAUAUCAUACUUGUUUUAAAAGUAAGAUAUAAUUCUUAUAUUACUUCAUUGAACUCCAUGAUUUUAAUAUUGUAUUAUCAUAUUAUAUUUAUAUUAUAUUUAAGUAUAUAACUAAUUAUAAGCUGAAAUGUAUCUCAUAUUGAAAUUAUGUAUCGCAUAAAAAAACUAUUGCGUAUAUACAAUGAAUUACAGUGAAUCCAUUUAUUAGAAUAAAAUUUGCGUCUAAUUAACUGAACUUUUAUCAGUAUAAUUUAUUUAUCUAAUUUAUUUAUCAGGCGAACAUUAAUUACUUUGACAAAAAAUUAUGAAUCUCUCCAUAUAUGUGAUUGUCCCAGAUCAUAAAUAGAAUUCUAUUAUAAUUGAAGUAACAAGUAACAAUGUUGCUCGCCAGCUGUUUGAGGUACAAGAUAUUUUUAUAUUUAUAUUUAUAAUAAUUGUGAUUGUUGAAAAAUAAUGUUAACAAAUAUCAUAGAUAAGGAAUAUAAAAUGGAUGAUGUUCGACUGUCAAUAAAUAGUUGACUGUAUACAUGUAUGCAUGUCUCCUUUAUUCGGCACUUUGAGCUUUUCAUUUCUUUACAGUAACCGUCACUUCGAUCUGCGUAAUCGAUAGAAAUACAAUUAAUAGGGCAAUUGUUACAAGCAACGAGAAAGAAAUCAUGUUUACUAAUCUAAAAAUUCGAGUUUCUACAUCCUUGCUCGUAACUAUUGCGCAGGGGGACGAAAUUACUCUUGGCGUAAAUGACUAAUCGUAAGUUUAAUUAGACUCUGAUAUUACGCGUUCUCAUUUAUUGCAAGUAAAUCGAAGGAUUGACCUGCGUCGUAAAAAAAUUGUUAGAUAAAAACCACGUGAUCUAGAAUUAGAUCGGUGAAAAAAGUGGAACUUUUCAUCGCGUGAUUUUUUUCAUUUUCGAGUAUUAAAAACCAGAAGUAUUUGAAUCCUUCGCUUUACUCAUAGCAUGCAUUAACGCUUUGAGCUUCUCCUCACUAAUUUCAAUAUUUUAAUAAUUAAUAUUAAAGAACAAUGAUCGCGCCGUAAAAUAAUCCUGAAUUUAAAACAUCUUUUUCUUUUUUAAUUUGAUAACGUGUACAAAGCAACGACGUGCAAAAUUCGACAAAGUAAGUGUACAUUACUUGAGAUUACGAUGUUCGACGAUUACACAUUUGUUAAAUAUUAAUAACUAUAAACACGACUUCCACAUAAUAUAAAUGAUCAGGCUCGAAGCGUUAAUUUCAUAAACAACCCCAUUUAAGCGUGAUAAAAACGUGAUUAAAAAUUAGCCCUUAUAAUAUCAAUUGUAUAUCAAAAAUAAAUGAAAAUAUUCAAAAGGAGAAGAGUUACAAAGAUAUUGAUGGAAAUUUAUUGUUUUUCAAGUGAAGUGAAAUUAAGUACUUAAUUUAGGGGAUUGUUUUAUUACGCUCAAUAAGGGUUCAAGGAUGGUCGUACUGUAAUAAAUAGUCCUUAAAUUAAAGUAAGCCUAUAAUAUAAUUGCUCGUGUAUCGGUAUUACGAGCAGAGUCGUGUACAAUACACUUUUCAUUUAUCCUAAAAUUUGGCACGUGAUUCACGUUUUCAACACAAACGUCUGUUGUGUCAACUUGAAAGAACGAAAAGGUUUUCCUCGGUUUAUAGUGCGAUACGUGACGAUACAUGAUAUAAAGCUAGAUGUUAAUGGGAAUUAUACUUGAACCUUGAAC